AUGCCGCCCGGACCGGCACUGGCGCAUGCCGUGGCUGAGGGGCGGGAGCGGGCUUCCCCCAAGCGGCGACGGCGGGGCCGGAGCUGGAGCGAGUCGUCGAGUGAGUCUGGCGACGGGCAGUUCAACGAUGCGCUUGUAGAGACGACGGACGAGCUUGACGACGUGGACGUGAGCAAGGAGGCACUGAGCGUGGCGCUUGUUGCCGAAGCUCAGCGAGCGCCGUGCUUUGCUGCGAGUCGACUCGACGCGGCGUUUUCGCACACGUCGAUGGUGUUUGAGACGGCGGGCAUGUACACAUCGGGACCUGCUAUUGUGGAGAACGGCGAGCUGCAGCUAACACCUGCGCCGCCGCAGGGUGUGGCGUCGACGCUGCACAAACAGGGAUCGACCGGUGGUGGGUUUCUGCUCACGCGGCGGCUGCUGGCGGACGGAUUUGUGGUUGUGUUUGAGUACAAGGCCGAGCGCGACGACGGCGGACUCGGACUUGGCUUUGCGCUUGUGGCGCACAACGACCCAGCGCGGUUCCAGGCGCUCGGCUUUUCGGGCGCCGGGCUUGGCUGUGUUGGGCUGGAGGACGCGUUCUCGCUCCGAUUUGUCUCGUGUCAGCAGCCUGAUGGGCCGAUUUACACAAGGCUGGGCGUCCACUCUGCGCAUGACGGCGGCAAAGUGGCAGCCGUCGAGAACGUGGGCGACCUGUGCGACGGAGGCGUCCACGAGGUGCUUGUGCGGUACGAGCCGGCGAGCUCUGUGGAGGCGCCGCUGCUGCAUGUCGAGAUCGAUGGCGUGCCGCUUAUGGCGGCGCGGCUUGUGAGCGGCGACGUGCCUGCAGCCGGCUACCUCGGCUUUACUGGCACGUCUGGCCCUGGGGCGUCAUGGCUUCGGCACAGGAUCUCGCGGUUUGAGUAUGGUGCGCUUGCAGGAGUACCGAGCGAAGUGUGCCGGUGCGGGUGCCAUCAGCGAGAGCGGGACGGGUUGUGCGGUCCGGCGACGGUGGUGUGGCCGGAGCUCGAGUCGUUGUGGCGGUCACCUCUGGCGGUGAGCUCGCCGAUCAUAGUUCAUGUCUCGCUCCACGUGGAGCCGACGAGCGUGAGCGCUGGGAGCGUCCCAAUUGUGGUUGCGCUGUCUGACGGGGCCACGUUUGUGGGCUUUGAGCAAGUGCUCGCGGGGCUGGAGAGUGGCGACGAGUGGAUGCGAAACGACGAAGUGCUCGGGCAAAUGGGCUGGGCGCGGGCCGGCGACAUACUUUCGGCCGGGAGUGGGCAGUGGCUGCCUGUGGUAGCGCCGACGCUGCGAGAGCGGGUGUCACGCAGCGGAACGUGGAACGUGGGCGUGACGUUUGUGGGCGCGGGCUGUGAUGGGGCGUGGUGGGCGGCGCGGAGCGGCGAGGGUCUUGCAGCCUCGCCGGAGCUCGCUGUCUCGACGCUGCCUGUGGAGGCUGUGCUGGCGCGGCUGAAGAGCCCGGCGGCGGCGCCUGUGGUGAUGGGGCACGGGCUUGGCGGGCGGGUGACGGUAGAGUGGCUCGCGGGACGGAGCGACUGUGUGGCGAGCAUGGACCUUGCUUCGCUUGGCGUGGAGGUUUACUCGCCACUUGCGCACGGUGAGUUUGUGAUCAAGGGCGCAGUGGUGGCGGUGGGCGGCGGCGGGCGCGUGCCUGUGGUGAAUCGGCUGAGCGCAAGCGAACUUGCGCAACGAGCACGGUUCAACCGUGCGGUUGAACUGACGUCUGCAGGCGUUUGCUCCGAGGGCGCAUGCAUGUUUGGCGUGUCGGACACGCAGCGGCUGAUUGGGGUGUGCGUGGAGAAUGAUGGAAGUCCGAGGGUGGUGGCCGGGCGUGACGACGGCGACCCAGUUGAGCUCAGUCUCGACGGCCUCCACGAGGUGGACAUGAAGUGGUCGAGUGAUGCAAAGAGCAAGAGGCGGCCGCUGGUUAUUCACCUCAGCUUUGGAGUGUCUGUUGUCCGAGUCCGAGUUUUGGCAGCCGAGAGUCUCGCCGAGCUGGGCGUUGGCGAGGUGUUUGACGCUGAUGUUGUCGACGUGUUUACGCGACCGCUGUUUGCGGUUGUGGCGAGCACCGGGCUCGACGGUGGAACACGGGUGUCGUCGGUGGCAGUUGGCGCUGGGCAAGGGACGCUCGACGCUGUGAGCGCAGAGACGCUUGUGGAUAUUGGAAUAUGGGCGCGAGAGGUGGCAGUGGACUCAGGAGCUGCAGUUGGAAGCGAAGCCGGGAUCGGUGGGCGGGUGUUGAGCGUCUCGCUGGCUGCACUGAGUCGCGGGGUGUGGGGCCUGGUGGCGCCGACAGCGGAGGCUGAGCGAGUCUGUCGGGAGUACGAGCAGCGAGUCCGUGGCUCUGUUGUGGAAGUACCGGAGCAGCCGCUGGGCGUGCUUGUUGCCGGGCAUGCGGUGGGCGAGCUGGACGCGCGGUUUCGGUGGGUCAUUGCGAUUCGUGUCCAUGUGGAGUCGCUGCACAAGGCGCGCGGUGAGUUGAAGCGCGAGUCGCUGUUUGUGGGCGUCGGCGACAAGCGGCGGUACGUCGGUUAUCUGCGACAGGGCGCGCCGCGUGUGGGUGAGGCCGGUGGGGCUGUGGUCUCGGGCAAGGCGGUGUUUACGGCCAAGGAAGAGUCUAUGGCCUGGGAUGGGCCUGCGCUGGACAGCGAAGCUGCGGUGAGCGGGUGGCACGCCUCGCGCCUCGGCGAACUGUUCACUGUGGUGGUGGGCGUGCCGCGGAACGGGAGGCAGAGCGGCCGCUCGCCGUGGGUUGGCGUCUACUCGGCAUCGGAAGAGCUGUGGCUGGUGCAGGACGAGGUGAGCGGAGUGCUCAGUGACGACGCUUGUGAGCUGGGGCUCAUGUUCUGGAGCCGCGAGGCAUCUGCCGAGUAUCGGGUGCGCGACGUGUACGUGCAGCUGGUUGACAUGGAUGCUGGCGGGAGCGUGUACACGCAGGACAUGCCGCCGCGGUGGCUGAUGCACCACGGGCGGUUUCCCGGCCGCCGCAAGCUGAUCGAGGUGGGGCUGGGCAAGCUUGCGGGGCGGCGGACACGGCCGCCGCUGGCCAAGCUGCUUGUGACGGCGCAAGUGCGGAUGACUAACGCAGGACCUGUGCUGGAGCCACCGAUCUUGUUCGAGCGGUUGUCGGCGUUUGUUAAGCGGGAACAGGCUGGUGCGCUGCGGGAUGUGGUGCGGCUGAUGGAGCGGUUCCCGUUCCUCUCGAUCAAUGUUACCGGGCACGUGGCGCGGGCGUUUGCGGUUGGGAGCCAACGGAGCGCGCCGGGGCUGGGAUCUGACGCGCUGGCGCGCGGACGGGCUGAGGCUGUGGCGCGGGUGCUUGAGGAGCUGGGACUAGCGCGCAAGCGGGUGCGGGUGGUGUGCGGCGGCGAAGGGCCUGCGACCGGGCCAGCGGACGUGGUGGCGCUUAGCUGGGACGUGGAGCGCGUGGCUGUGGGCGUGUGGCAGGCCGAGGUUGCCCCGCUUCUUAUUCCGACGUUUGACGGCGUAGGCGGCGAGUCUGCGCUUCAGCCGGGAUGGCAGGUGUUUGGGCCCGGCAGCGUGUCGCUGGUGACCGGCGGGUUCGAGGCCGGGCAUGAGCGGCCGCGUGCGGCGUGCAGCCUGCUGACCAAGACGCGUAAGAUGCUUGCGGACGGGUUUUCGGCAGGCGUGCUCGUGAGCGUGGGGCCAUCGGCAGCAGCGGGCCUCCUGGAGGCUCGCGGCGGUGCCGGAUCUGUGGUUGCUGGGCGUGCGGGCCUUGUGUUUUCCGAUGAGUUGGAGGCCGGUGAGCCUGCGCCGCGGGGGCGGGUGGUUGUUGGUUUUGAGUUUGGGGUGGAGACGCGGUUGGUGAUGCGGUCGUGGGACUGUGACGGUGGCGGGCGAGUGUGGGGGGCCGUGAGCGGCCGCGAUGGGCUGUCUGUCAUCAACGACGGUUUCGAGCACGAGCUGGGCGUGGUUUUUGAGGCAGUGCGUGGAGACGCCGGUGUUUGCCGUGUGAGCGUGGACGGCGACGAGCUGUUGGUGGUGGCGAUGCCUUCUGGCUUUGCUGGGAUGCUGCCACUGGGGCACGUAGGUGUGGGCGUGGUCAACGGCGCUGCGGCGACGAUCAACGCCGAGUUUCGGUGCCUCUCGUACAGCUACGGCGGGCCUGCGAGCCUGCGAGCUGGGGUGGUGGCAGAGGUGAGCAAGUGCGAGGCGCCGCCGGUGCCAUGGGUGCUCACGAUUGGCGGGUACGGAUUCCGGACCAAGGGCGGGGUGGACAUGGGCGGUGUUGAGGCCGGAGCAACUGCCGGGGCCGCGGGCGGAGUCGGGGCCGGGGCCAGGGCCAAAGAGGUUUGGGCCGAGGUCGAGGUCGAGGCCGAGGCCGGGGGCGUGGAGGGCGGCGCGGGCCGGGGAUGGCUGUGGAGUCUGGGCUGGUGA